UAGCCGUGAAACGAGAAUGUCGUUGUAACCUUGACCUUUUGAUAAACACAACAACACUGAACUAGUUAUUCUGAUUAUAGAAUGGCAUCCAAACUUGUAGGGGCCACAGUAAGAACUGUGGCACGGAAAAGAACUCUUAUUCCAUCGAAGGCUCCUCUCAUCCUGACACCUUCGGCUGUAAAUAAAGUGAAAGAACUUAUGCAUCAAAGACCUGAAACUUUGGGUCUGAAAAUUGGAGUGAAGACGCGAGGUUGCAACGGUUUAACCUACACACUAGACUAUUGCACAGAUAAAGCGAAAUUUGAUGAGAUUGUUGAACAGGAUGGUGCAAAAGUUGUGAUAGAUGCGAAGGCUCAAUUGACAUUGUUGGGUACAGAAAUGGACUAUGUGGAAACUAAACUUGCUUCAGAAUUUGUGUUUAACAAUCCAAAUAUAAAAGGAACUUGUGGUUGUGGUGAAAGUUUCAAUGUUUGAAAAUCAUUGACAAUUUAGUUUUGUGAUUCAUGAAUUGUGGCUGUUUUGUCUUUCUCUAUGAAUCAAGAGCUUGGGCUGUCAGGUGCUACGAUAAAACCGCUGGAAGUGAUUUUACAUCCAUUGUUAAUUCGGUAUAAAAACCAAUCUAGAAUAAUUUUAAAGUCAAACAGCUGCACUGCAAAACAUGCAAAACAUUCUUGUGAAAAAAACGGGUGUUUUGUGUAAAACAACUGUGGUGCAAAUGUUGUGGCAUUAGUUAUUUAAUUUGUAAUGCUGUCCUAUUAUUGGAAAACUGAUUAUCUAUUGCAUGGUAAAAUGUUGUUGACAGUAAGACUCACGUGUUAUGUAAAUGCCAGGAUGUAGGAUUUUUAGGAAGAUAGAUUUACUGGCUUUAAAUCUGUUGUUGUUGUGCAUUUCUAUUUAAAUGGUAAACAAGUACCUACAAUCACGUUUUCUUACUUAAUACUUUACUUGAGCUUAAUUUUAAAUUGAAAUGUAAAACAAUUUUUUGUUUAACUGUCUUGAACAAUUCGCCAUAUUUAUAAAACAUUUGAAUUUUAUUGUUGAUAGUCAAGCCAUCGCUUCAUUUUAAUGUGUUCAGCAUCUGCUGAUGGUGGGAGGCAUUAAUGGAUUGGCCCAUC